UAACAACAUUUCGCCAUUUCAGAUGCAGGGGUGCCAUUACUCCACCGAAGUAGGUCAACCGGGCGGGGGUGCCAAGAUCCGGCUUUUUCUUCCACGAUAAACAUUCUCUCCGUCCUCUUUUAAGUCUAACGGCUCGAUCAUUGUGCUCCGAUGCAUGUUAUUUGGUUGAUGCGAAUGAGCUUUUCCUGCGUGGGCCCGGGCUGAAAGCAUUACGUCUGCAAGUAGUCGGAUUUUCCUGCUAACAGCUAGUCAGCUAGCUGGGUGUAAACAACGAGUAUGAAGCGGAUGAAAGGAGGUGAGGAGGUCAGCAACGACUCCUCUAGUAGGAGUCCACCAGAGGCACGCAAGAAGGUUCGAAAGCAGGUGAGCGAGGAUCCACAUGCUGUGGAGGCCACAAAAUCACCAGACCAUGACUGGGCACUGUUGCCUCAGGAGCUCCUGCUCCACAUCUUCCAGUACCUUCCAUUACUGGACCGGGCUUACGCCUCUCAGGUAUGUCGCCGGUGGAACCAGGCUUUCCACAUGCCGGAGCUGUGGCGAUGCUUUGAGUUUGAGCUUAACCAGCCAGCCAGCUCUUACUUGAAAGCCACACAUCCAGACCUCAUCAAGCAGAUCAUAAAGAGGCACUCCAACCACCUGCAGUAUGUCAGUUUCAAGGUGGACAGUAGUACUGAGUCUGCAGAGGCUGCAUGUGACAUUCUUUCUCAGUUGGUGAAUUGCUCACUGAAGACCUUGGGGCUUAUCUCCACUGCCAGGCCAAGUUUUAUGGAGGUUCCAAAGUCUCAUUUCAUCUCAGCUCUGACUGUGGUGUUUGUCAACUCCAAGUCACUGUCUUCACUGAAGAUUGAUGAUACACCAGUUGACGACCCAUCUCUGAAGGUGCUGGUGGCGAACAACAGUGAUACCCUGAAAUUGCUGAAGAUGAGCAGCUGUCCUCAUGUUUCUCCAGCAGGAAUCCUGUGUGUUGCAGACCAGUGUCAUGGGCUGAGGGAGCUAGCACUGAACUACCACCUUCUGAGUGAUGAACUUCUGCUGGCCCUCUCCUCAGAGAAACAUGUCCACCUGGAACACUUGCGUAUUGAUGUGGUGAGCGAGAACCCUGGCCAGCAUUUCCACACCAUCAAAAAGAGCAGCUGGGAUGCCAUGGUGCGGCACUCGCCCAAAUUCAACCUGGUCAUGUACUUCUUUCUCUAUGAAGAAGAGUUUGGUCCUUUCUUUAAUGAGGAGAUCCCCGUAACACACCUCUACUUCGGACGCUCAGUCAGCAAGGAGGUUUUGGGCCGCGUUGGCCUCCACUGUCCCCGUCUGGUGGAGCUGGUGGUGUGUGCCAAUGGCCUGCGUCCUCUGGAUGAGGAGCUGAUCCGCAUCGCAAAGCACUGCACCCAACUGUCAGCUAUCGGUCUGGGCGAGUGCGAAGUUUCCUGCAGCGCAUUUGUGGAGUUUGUCAAGAUGUGUGGCAGAAGGCUGUCCCAGCUCUCCAUCAUGGAGGAGGUGUUGAUUCCUGAUCACAAAUACUCCCUGGAUGAGAUUCACUGGGAGGUUUCGAAGCACUUGGGUCGGGUCUGGUUUCCAGACAUGAUGCCAACCUGGUAAAUUAAAACCAGAGAGUAGUCUAGUACAGUGUAGUAUGGCGUAAGGCAGUCAUGGCCUCCAUGUUUGCACUGAAAAGCUUGCCGUGGUGGAAUGUUUGGUGCCAACAUGGAGAGCGUAGGCUUGCUGAACCCCUGUGUGGAGUUAGUGCAGCUCAGGGGUUUAAUGUGGCACAUAAUUGCUACACAUCAUAUAUUGCAAACACCACAAGUUCUUGCCUGUUAGUUUCAAUAUGGAUUGUGGUAACCUUUUUUUCUCUAAUGCGGAGAAAGAACUUGACAGGUGGGCUUCUUCUCAUAUUCUACACAGACCAAUGCAGGUGGAAACAGCUGACAAAAAAAGCAAUGUUUUUAUAACUGCGAAUGGAAUUUUGUGGAAAUUGUUGCUUGGUUGUGUUUAUCUUUGUUAUGAGAGGUGUGUGUGUGUGGCUUGUUUAUGGAGUAAUUUGGGACAAUUAGGUACACAAUUGCAUGGUAUCACACUUACCACUUGGCCUACUUAAAAUUCAAUUUGAGAUGGCAACUCUGCACUCUGUAACACAAUGUGGCACCGGGGGUUUACAAAGUGGCUGCAAUGUUAUUUGUAUAUAGGAUGUGUUUGGAGGUGGAGCUGAGGGUGUGCUCACUGAGUGACUGUGUCCUUCACCUCAUUUGAAUCUAAUUUAAACAAACAGCAGUUGCAGUGUUGCAAUGUGUAUAUAGGUCUCUGUUUUUGUGAUGUGAAGGUGUAUGUUGAUUGAUGUCAUGGUUUUUUGUCUCAAGAGUUACGCAGAUAUUUAUUUUUACUGCAUCGUACAACAAUUGGUUUGACAAAUUAUUCAAGGCUCCAUAACACUUAUAUUUCAUAUAAGCACCUUAUGUUUAUACCAAAUGAUCAUCAGGACAAAUGGCGUCCUUUUAUCCUAAUUAAAAGCAAUGAAAUUACCUUUAUAAUGCUCCAGUUUGUCUUAGUUGGACACAUCUUUUAAUGCUAAUUAUUUCUUGUGCUUCUGAGUGAGAUGACAAGAACAGUGUAAUGAAGUGGUGAAGCUGUAAUUAUAGAUUAAAGAAUCAGAAGUUAUUUUAUGAUGUAAAUACAAAGUGUGCAGACAUGUCUGAAUUUGGAGGUAGAUCAUGACCCAACCUUCAAAACUUGGAUUUCUUUGUAAUGACUCAACAGUUAACUAAUCUCUGCAACUGUGAGCUUAUAAUGUAUGCUGAGAAAGCAAAUAAACAACUUAGUGUGUCACAGGUGCAUUAAAUAUAUUUCUAGGUUUCAUUUUUAUCUUCUGCUAUUUGCCUAUUCAAGCUCUAAAAAAACCUGUUGAGAAUAUCUGUCCACCUGUUCCGCACAUUUGCUCUAUAUCAUGUUGUCACAUCGAAAAAAGAAAAGGAAGUAGAAAUACACAGCAAAGGAAGCGGAAUUCUGAUGUUUUUAUUACAGUCGGUCUUUCCAGAUUUCCACAGCGCUCCUGUUCCAAACAUCCAUCCAUUACAGUCAGAAGAGAUUUGGCAAUUCAGAUGAGUGAAACAGACUUUUUUUUCCUUUAAGAAGGAAGUCAAAUGCAUCUGUAUAUAAAAACGCUGUGUGUUUGAUUAUUAUGAAUAGAAAUGUACUUAUUUCUUUGUUUCACCCUCUGUCAGGGUUUGAAGUUUCCUUAACGGCUUGUGUCUUUUAUAUAAACCAGAGUGCAAGUUAUUCUUUACUAGAUGGAUACUGAGAGAGGCUUUUCUAAUUCAUUUGUUUUUCCAUUACACAAAAAUGUAUGGUUAUAACCAGCAAGCAGGCCAGAAACAAAUUAUCACCACUUUUGGAUUUUACUCAUUUAUCAAUAUACUGAAUGUAUUUCAGUAAGGAAGCACCUUGCUGAAGAUUUGUGGAUUUGUUAGCUUUCCCUCCAGUUACCAGAAUCCUACACUUAGGGAAAAUGUAAUGACAAAAAAAAAAAGGUGCAAUAUCUGCAGAAUCAGGUGGAGGACACUAGGAAUAUUGAGAACUGUUAGCACAAUUACAAUCAAAGCUUUUGUCUGUGAUGAGUGACAUGGGUUUGAGAGGUCUAAAUUGUUAAAUGUAUUUUUAUAAGUAGAUAUCAGAAGUGGACAGCAUUGUAUGUUAUGUUACCCAGAUGUUGCUUUUCUCCAUGAUUCCAUUCCCUUUAUGGAGACAUUUUAUGAAGCCUAACAGUGACAUAAACUUAUCUGCAGGAAGAGUAGGGUUUUCUGGGUGAUAUUCCAAGCAGUGUAUUGAUCGGAUUGGUCUCUGAUCACUGACAUAUGCUCAUUGUUUGUCCUUGUGUUCAUUAUCUUCAUAAUGUGUGCAGUGCAUUAAACUGAGGCAAUGACAGCAGCUCCAAACUCAAGGCUUUUUUUGAAAAAUUUAGCUGCUAAACAUGUUUCAUAUAAAUGUCAGUUGAAAAGUAAUAUAAAUGAUUUAUAUUUCAUCUUAAAAACAUCUCUUGAGAGUAAUUGUUAUUUUAACCUCAGGUUGUGAGUCCUCCACUUUGGAAUAAACUGGUGUUGACAAUGUUGUCCUUUUAGUUUUGCUUCUGUUUGGCAAGUUCUUUCUCUGCUUUACUGGUCACCUGUCUUGAAAUUAAAGUUGUUUUGGAUAUGUGUUCCCUUACCAGUAAUAAAACAUUGAAUGUA